CCCCGGCCCUGCCCGUGGCGGCCUCCGUGCCCCCACGGGGGUUUAUUUGAUCUCCCAUUAACCGAGGAGGAGAAUGUGAGGAAGGGGGAAAAUGCCCCGGAGGAAGCAGGAGCAGCCCCAGCGCCUUCCCUCACAUGUUAGUAGGCAGGACGAGGCCGAGGCGGAGCUCAGCGAAGGUGAAGCCUGGUAUGGAAACUCGUCAGAGACGCCGUCAGAAGCCUCCUAUGGCGAAGUCCAGGAGAACUAUAAGCUGUGCCUGGAGGACCCGAUCCAAGAGCAGUCCACGUCCCCAGACACCUCCCUGGGGAGCGCCACCCCCAGGAGCCACACGCUGGAGCUGGUGGCCCUGGACGGGGAGGUCCUGCGAGACUCGCUGCCCUGCCAAGACCACCUGUCCCCCGGAGUGUCUUCUUUGUGUGACGAUGAGCCCCCGGGCUCCAACAAACCCCUGAGCAGCAACUUGAGGCGGCUGCUCGAGGCUGGUUCUCUCAAACUGGAUGCCACAGUCCCGGCCAAUGGCAGAGUGGAGUCGCCCGUGAACGCGGGCUCCAACCUGUCCUUCUCCUCGCCCUCUCAUCAUGCCCAGCAGCUCAGUGUCCUGGCCAGGAAGCUGGCCGAGAAGCAGGACCAGAACGACCAAUACACUCCAAGUAGCCGUUUUCUCUGGAAUCAAGGUAAGUGGUUGUCCACGUCAACCACCGCCUGCGGCCUGUCCCCAGACUCGGCCAUCCUCAAGCUGAAAGCCGCAGCCAACGCCGUUCUGCAGGACAAGUCGCUCUCCAGGACGGAGGACACCGUGCGAUUCGAGUCCUUUUCCUCCCCCUUUAGCUCCCAAUCUGCCAGUUCCACCUUGGCAGCGUUAUCCAAGAAGGUCAGCGAGAGAAGUUUGACUCCUGGUCAGGAGCAUCCUCCUCCGGCCAGCUCUUUCCUUUCGCUGGCUUCGAUGACCUCCUCGGCCGCCCUCCUGAAAGAGGUGGCCGCCAGGGCCGCUGGCACCCUCCUGGCCGAGAAGUCCUCCUUGUUGCCUGACGAUUCUCUGCCACCACCGCCUUCUGAGAAGAAGCCAGAGAAAGUCAGCCCCCCGCCGCCGCCCCCACCCCCGCCCCCCGCGACGCAGUCCCUGGAAUUGCUGUUACUUCCAGUUCCUAAAGGAAGAGUCUCCAAGCCUUCCAAUUCAGCCUCAGAAGAAGAAAGCGGGAAGCCUUUCCAGUGUCCAAUAUGUGGUUUGGUUAUUAAAAGGAAGAGUUACUGGAAGCGGCACAUGGUGAUUCACACAGGUUUAAAAAGUCAUCAGUGCCCGCUCUGCCCAUUCCGGUGUGCUCGCAAGGACAAUCUCAAAUCCCACAUGAAGGUUCACCAGCACCAGGACCGCGGCGAGACCUUCCAGUGCCAGCUGUGCCCGUUCACCUCCUCCCGCCACUUCAGCCUGAAGCUGCACAUGCGCUGCCACCAGCACUUCCUGCGCACGGAAGCCAAGGUGAAGGAGGAGGCCCCAGACCCCGAAGUCAGUGACAGAGGCUGCGCGGGGCGGCCCGGGGAAGGCGCGGGGCCCGAGCUAGUGGGGGCCGCCGCCGCGCCCAGCCCCGCAGAGAGGACUCCCCCCGGCGGGGCCGGCCCCCCGCCCUCGCUGGUGAAGGAGGAGCCCAAGGAAGAGAACGGCCUGCCCGCCUCCUUCCCCGCGAGCGCCGACGACAGGCCCGCCAGCCUCUUAAAGCCGACAGACCCCUCCGAGUUCGCGGCCGGCCCCGCCGCCGCCCUGUUCAGCCAGGACAUCUCUGUUAAGAUGGCGUCCGAUUUUCUCAUGAAGCUGUCAGCUGCAAAUCAGAAGGAGCCCAUGAAUCUUAAUUUUAAAGUGAAAGAGGAACCCAAGGAAGAAGAGCCCCUCAACACCCCUUUGCCUCGAUCCAGCUAUGUGUUCAGCCCAGAAUCUGAAGUGGCAUCCCCAAGUAUCUCAGAGGAUACCCUAAAGACCCAGGAAGGGAAGGGGAGCGGACUCCGGAGGGACGUGUCGAUCAAAGCUGCUUCAGAACUUCUCAUGAAACUCUCAGCGGAGAGCUACAAGGACACGCAGACGGUGACAGUUAAGGAAGAGCCCAUGGAGGUGGACCUGCAGGACUCGCAGGUCUCCAUCUCACCCAGCCGGAACGUUGGCUACAGCUCCUUAAUCGGGCGAGAGAAAACUGAGCCCUUGCAGAAGAUGCCAGAAGGCAGGGUAGCCCCAGAGAGAAACCUCUUCAGCCAGGACAUCUCUGUGAAGAUGGCCUCUGAGCUUCUCUUUCAACUGUCAGAAAAAGUGAGCAAAGAGCACAAUCACACGAAGGAGAACACUAUCCGGACGAGCAGCAGCCCUUUCUUUACAGAAGACACAUUUAGACAAUCACCGUUCACCUCCAAUCCGAAAGAUCUGCUACCCAGCGAACCUGCGCUUCACGGAAGAAUACCAGCGCCAGAAACAGAAAAGAUCGUCCUGGAGGCUGGAAAUGGAUUGCCAUCCUGGAAGUUCAAUGACCAGCUCUUUCCCUGUGACGUGUGUGGGAAAGUGUUUGGCCGACAGCAGACGCUGUCCCGACACCUCUCGCUGCACACAGAGGAAAGAAAAUACAAAUGUCACCUGUGCCCCUAUGCUGCUAAGUGCCGUGCGAACCUGAACCAGCACCUGACCGUCCACUCGGUGAAGCUGGUCAGCACCGAUGCCGAGGACAUUGUCAGUGCCGUCACCUCAGAAGGCGGGGAUGGGAAGAGACACCCGUAUUAUUACAGCUGUCACGUAUGUGGAUUUGAGACUGAGCUCAAUGUCCAGUUUGUCAGCCACAUGUCGCUCCACGUGGACAAGGAACAGUGGAUGUUCUCCAUCUGCUGCACGGCCUGCGACUUCGUCACCAUGGAGGAGGCAGACAUCAAGGCCCACAUUGGCUCCAAGCACACAGGGGAAGACAGGAAGACCCCCAGCGAAUCAAACAGCCCUUCCUCGUCUUCCCUCUCAGCGCUGAGUGAUUCCGCCAACAGCAAAGACGACUCCGAUGGCUCCCAGAAAAACAAGGGUGGGAACAACUUGCUGGUCAUCUCUGUUGUGCCUGGGAGCCAACCCCCACUGAAUAGUGAGGAAAAGCCAGAGAAAGGGUUCGAAUGCGUUUUUUGCAACUUUGUCUGCAAGACGAAGAAUAUGUUUGAGCGCCAUCUUCAGAUACACCUCAUCACCCGGAUGUUUGAGUGUGACGUGUGCCACAAGUUCAUGAAGACCCCUGAGCAGCUGUUGGAACAUAAGAAAUGCCACACUGUCCCCACUGGUGGGCUCAACUCAGGACAGUGGUGAGUUUCAGACUCCUCUAGGUGCCCAUUCUGCAUUUAUUCCACCAACCGCCCCGCUGCCAUGGAGUGCCACCUCAAGACCCACUACAAGAUGGAGUACAAGU